UUAGCUGGGUGGUCAUCAGGCAUCAAACUACUUCAGUCUCAGCUGCAACUAAAGAAGGCUGCACUUACUCAAGCAAAGAGAGAACAGACCAAAAAGGGUACUGUCUUAGCUCCUGUGGUUGAUUUAAAAUCUCGUAAAGAUGAGCAAGAAGAAACACCUCCUUUGCCAGCCAUAGGAUUGUCCCAGGGAAGGGAAACAAGGAGUGCUGUAACUGCAACACUGCUUGGUGGAGACUGGGAUAUACGACUUGAAUACGAUCCAAUGUGGCCAAAUGACUAUGAAAAAAUUAUGAAAGAAAGAAUGGAAAAAAAACAGAAAGAACGACAAGAACUUAGAGAAUCAGACAUCAGAGAAAGGAGGCAGAAAGAUCGUAAUCGUGAUCGAGACAUUGAUAAACGAAGAGAACAAGAUGAAGAGAAAGAGCUACCAAAGAAAGCACCAACAAACACUGGAGCAGCAAUAGCUCCUCCACCAUCCUUGCUGGAGCCUACUGAUAGAAAAGAGGAACUGUUGUCCAGUUCAAAAUAUUCAGGAGGCUUGGGGGGCUCUGUGAGUUCUGUAGCAGCCCGUAUUAUGGCAAAAUAUGGUUACAAGGAGGGUCAGGGUCUAGGGAAGAAGGAGCAAGGAAUGAGCCAAGCUUUACUUGUAGAAAAAACAAGUAAACGAGGAGGAAAAAUCAUUCACGAGAAAGAUUUACCAAAAGAACCACAGGUUUCAUCACCUUCCACAGGGUCAAGUUCUUCAGCACCAGAGUCAAUUACAGAAAUGAUGAAGAAUCCAUCCAAAGUUGUGCUACUCAGAAACAUGGUUGGUCCAGGUGAAGUUGAUGAAGACUUGGAGCCAGAAACUAAAGAAGAAUGUGGAAAAUAUGGUGAUGUUAUAAGAUGCUUGAUCUUUGAAAUCCCUGGUGGUAACGUUCCAGAUGAGGAAGCAGUUCGUAUAUUUAUUGAAUUCAAGAGAAUGGAAUCAGCUAUAAAAGCGGUGGUGGAUUUAAAUGGACGAUACUUUGGAGGAAGAGUUGUGAAAGCAAGUUUCUAUGACCAAGAUAGAUUUAAGAGGUUCGAACUAGCAGACUAAUUGUAAAUUCAUUAUCUGAAAAAGAAUAGCUUAUAAAAGCAUGAGCAAGAAAUUUGUAAUAUCAUCCUUGUGUACUUUCAUCUGUCUAAUGUACAUUGUUAUUAAAGUGUUCCAAUUUCAUAACAUAA